UCAAAUCUUUGUUGGAAGGGGAUAUGCAAGUUCAAUAUAAACAGAAGUAAACAUUACUUACUUAACAGAAUUGAACACAUUUGAUUCUACUUUUCAAUCGUUCGGAUAUUGGAACCAGUUCUUGAAUUGGUGGAGUCUGCGAAUAAGAGCUACAAUUAAAGAAUUGAAAAAUGAAUUCAGUAAAAGUAAUCGGUUUGCUGUGUGUUUUAUUCACAUUUGCAUAUGCCAAAUACACAUCUGAUCGAGGAAGAGUGGUAUGUUAUUUUAGUAAUUGGGCAAUUUAUAGGCCUGGCAUUGGAAGAUACACAAUCGAUGAUAUUCCAGGAGAUAUGUGCACUCAUGUAAUUUAUUCGUUUGUGGGUGUGAGUAAUGUCACUUGGGAAAUUUUGGUCAUAGAUCCAGAGGUUGACAUUGAUAUGAAUGGAUUCAAAAACUUCACAUCGCUGAGAAAUAAACAUCCCGGUUUAAAACUAGAGUUGGCUGUUGGUGGUUGGGGUGAUGGAGGUAAAAAGUAUUCCAGAAUGGUUUCAGUAAAAGAAAGAAGAGCAACUUUCAUUCAAAGUGUUGUUCAAUACAUGAAAGAAUUUGAUUUCGAUGGAUUUGAUGUUGAUUGGGAAUACCCGGGAGCUAGUGAUCGUGGUGGAUCAUUCAAUGACCGAAAUCUGUACUACUACUUCAUACAAGAAUUACGAAGAGCAUUCGACAAAGAAAAUCCAAAUUGGGAACUAACUAUUGCCGUGCCACUCGCUAAAUUCCGAUUACAAGAAGGUUAUUACGUGGAAGGACUUUGCCAAAUUGUCGACGCUGUUCAUGUAAUGUCAUACGACUUGAGAGGCAACUGGGCAGGAUUUGCAGAUGUACACAGUCCUCUUUACAAACGACCACACGAUCAAUGGGCGUAUUCUGCUUUGAACGUGAAUGAUGGUUUAGAACUAUGGGAAAAUCUCGGAUGUCCACCAAGAAAACUUGUCGUAGGAAUACCUUUCUAUGGUAGAACUUUUACAUUAAGUGCCAGUAAUCAAGAUUAUAAACUUGGUACCUAUAUAAAUAAAGAAGCUGGCGGUGGUAAACCUGGAAAUUACACAAAGGCGAAAGGAUUUCUAUCUUAUUACGAAAUCUGUAUGUUACUCAAAAAUGAAAGCAACGGUUGGACCCAAAAAUGGGACGAUGUUGGAAAAUGUCCUUACACCUAUAAAGAUACACAAUGGAUUGGAUAUGAAAAUCCCACCAGCGUACAAAUUAAAAUGGAUUUCAUUAAAAGUAAAGCAUACGGUGGUGCAAUGACUUGGGCGAUUGAUAUGGACGAUUUUAGAGGAGAGUGUGGUCCAGUAAAUCCCCUGAUUAAAAUUUUACACGAUAAUAUGGCCAAUUAUGUAGUAUUGGAUCGAGAAGUUGCGACUACACCCACGUCUGAGUGGGCGCGUCCACCAAGUACAUCUGGAAGUGACGUUUCUGUUCCUGGUACCACUAAAUUCACAACUAGCAUAAAAACGACGACAAAGGCGACUGAACCAACCACUUCUGAACGAACUACUCAAGAAAUUACCACCAAGUCGACGACUUAUUCAUCAACAGUUUCUUCAACACCUUUAGUCACCUCGAGUUCUAUUAAAUACCCUUCAACUUCAUCAACUACUGAAAGAGACAUUGAACAAGCUAUUGAAUGCAGAAUUGGAGAGUAUUUACCUCACAAUGACUGUGAUAAGUAUUAUAGAUGCGUGUAUGAUAAAAAAAUCGAAUUUACAUGUCGACCUGGAACUGUAUGGAAUCAAAAAAUGAUGACCUGUGAUUGGCCAGAAAAUAUAGAAAAAGAAAACUGCGUGUAUAAAAAAUGAGUAAACGGAGAUAAUGCGCGCUCAAAAUUUUAUUUGUCUAAAAGAAGUAGGUAGUUUCCCCUCAAAAUCCACCUAAUUACGCCAAUUUUUUUGGAAAUUUGAAGUGAACAAACUCUUCAAGUAAGUAGGUGGUAAGGUUCUUCGGCAUUGGUCAUGUUAUGCAUCUACCGUCUACGCACACACGCACACGUUCUUGAUGAGUCAAAAAUAUACCAUCAAUAGACACAAAAUAAUUUCUAAAUUUUUAUAAUUUUUCACAAAUUUUCGUGUUUUUUAUAAUUAUUACUUUUAGACAUUUGAAUUAAUUUAAUGUAAGUAAUUAUAGUAUUUAUGAUUUUGCUUUGUGAUCUCUUUCAAAAUAUUUUAAAUUGAAUUUUGAUUCAAUAAAGAACCCUGUUAUAUUUUCAAUAAUAAUAUAUGGCAUUUAAUAAGUACCAUAGAUUUUCCUGUAGAUAGGUACUUACCUAGGUAAAACAAUCUUGAUAAACAUAAUAAACGAAAAUGUAAUCAUCGCAAUAAAUAAUAUGUUGAUUUCAUUGAUAUGAAUCCGUA